AUGCCCAUCACUCAAAGUCAAGGAUCAAGUCGUGGAGCGUUCUCACAGGCCACGACCAGAACACCCGAGGGUACUCCUCAACAGGCGCUCAACCAUACUGCACGACAGAUAAAUGGGCAACAUGAUCAGGAGAUCAUGGCUAGAGAACGCCAUAUGAUGUUUCUGCAAAACUCACUGCAUGCCUACCCUGGCUGGCGUGCCUCAGUCCAAGCUCCCCCACCCGAAAGCAACGACCAUUUCACAGAAAGUCUGAGUCCGUUUGGGGAUAAUGGGAGUUUCUUCCACCCAGGAAUGUAUUUCGAGGCGAGGGGACCCGGUCGCGAUGAUCAGUUUAUGGGCGCGGUGGGACAUGCCCCCCAUCACCAAGUUUCGCAGCAUUUGUCAACACCAGAGUCGUUUCCAAGGCAAGUUGAGAUCCAAUAUUUCGAGCAAGCCGGCAGGCUAACUUUGUAUGGCCUUUAG